GCGGAUUCGAAACUCCAGUUAAGUGGCGCACCAUCCACCUCCUCCCAAUCUUUCACCCAGAGCCAACCCAGGCGCACGGAGCGCAUCCUCGCCCAGUGGGAAUUAACAAUCACUGCUGUCAGGCGAGUCAGCAACAACCCGAGCGAUCUCCGCAGGGCAGGGAACAGAGGGAAACAUAUAGACAACGAGAGUGAGGAGAGGGAGAUGGGUCCGGAGACGGCGAGGCAUCCGUGAUUGGCAACUAAACGGCGGUGGUGAAGUUCUCCUGCUCCGCUCGGAUCUUUGUUUCCCGGCUCUCUGAGUGUGCCAUUGUGUGUUCAGCAUGAGCAACAUCUAUGAGUCUGCAGAAGCCACGCUGGGCUUCAUCAGCUCUCCAUGCCUGACGAAAGUGGAGCUGAGAGUCGCCUGCCGGGGGAUCUCGGACCGCGACGCCCUCUCAAAGCCGGAUCCUUGCGUGGUGCUGAAAAUGCAGUCACACGGACAGUGGUUCGAGGUGGACCGUACGGAGGUGAUCCGCAGCAGCAGCGGCCCCGUCUUCUCCAAGAUCUUCCUGGUGGAUUACUACUUCGAGGAGGUGCAGCGGCUUCGCUUCGAGCUGCACGACAUCAGCUCCGGCAACAACGGCCUGCGCGACGCCGACUUCCUGGGAGCCAUGGAGUGCACCUUAGGCCAGAUCGUCUCGCAGAGGAAACUGAGCAAAGCGCUGCUCAAGCAGGGAAACACCGCCGGGAAAUCGUCCAUAACGGUGACAGCCGAGGAGCUGUCCGGCAACGACGACUACGUGGAGCUCUCCUUCAGCGCGCGGAAGCUGGACGACAAGGAUUUCUUCAGCAAGUCGGAUCCUUUCCUGGAGAUGUUCAGGCUAAACGACGACGGGACCGAGUCGCUCGUGCACCGAACUGAGACGGUGAUGAACAACCUGAGCCCCGUGUGGAAAUCCUUCAAAGUGUCCCUGAACACGCUGUGCAGCGGCGACCAGGACCGGGAGCUGAAGUGCACGGUUUGGGACUGGGACUCCAACGGAAAGCACGACUUCAUCGGCGAGUUUCAGACCACCUUCAAGGAGAUGAGGGUGGAGCAGGAGGGCAAGCAGAUCCAGUGGGAGUGCAUUAAUCCUAAAUAUCAGAUGAAGAAGAAAAAUUAUCGGAAUUCUGGCGUCGUCAUCCUCAACCACUGUAAGAUCAUCAAAAUGUACUCUUUCCUGGAUUACAUCAUGGGAGGCUGCCAGAUUCAGUUCACCGUGGCGAUAGACUUCACAGCGUCCAACGGGGAUCCCAGGAACAGCUGCUCUCUGCACUACAUCCACCCCUACCAGCCCAACGAGUACCUCAAAGCACUGGUGGCCGUGGGGGAGAUCUGCCAGGACUACGACAGUGAUAAAAUGUUCCCAGCGUUCGGCUUUGGAGCACUGAUUCCACCUGACUUCAAGGUUUCGCACGACUUCGCCGUGAACUUCGACGAGGACAACCCCGAAUGUGCCGGCAUCCAGGGUGUGGUGGAGGCCUACCAGAACUGCCUCCCGAAGAUCCAGCUGUACGGGCCCACCAACAUCGCGCCGAUCAUCCAGAAAGUGGCCUCGUCCGCCUCCGAGGAGAUGCACACCAAGGAGGCCAUGGAAUACUUCAUCCUGCUGAUCCUGACCGACGGCGUCAUCACCGACAUGGCGGACACGCGGGAGGCCAUCGUGCACGCCUCCCACCUGCCCAUGUCCGUCAUCAUCGUGGGCGUGGGCAACGCCGACUUCACGGACAUGCAGAUACUGGACGGGGACGACGGGAUCCUGCGCUCGCCCAAGGGCGAGCCCGUCCUGCGCGACAUCGUCCAGUUUGUGCCCUUUAAGGACUUCAAACACGCCUCCCCAGCCGCCCUGGCUAAGAGCGUUCUGGCAGAAGUCCCCAACCAGGUGGUGGAUUAUUAUAACGCAAAGGGCAUCAAACCCAAGUGUAUGUCGGACUACGAGUCCACAAGGACCUUCAGCCCCUGACGACAGACCACGCACUCACACACAUAGUCGCAAAUACACACAUACACAUCUCUAUAUAAACCCAUAUAAAUACAUUUAUCUAAUGUACAAUACAUAUACACAUGCAAAAGCACAAGCACGCAUACACACACGCAGCCGUAUUACUUACUGUACUACAUGCAGUAGUCUAGCUCAGAGAAUUAGCUUGUCUUGGUGAAUCGAUUUGACCUACUCCAUUGAUGACUAUUGCAUGUUUGGCCACAAUGGCAUCACCUGGGAAAUUAUUGCUAUUUAUUGUAUAUUUGAAACAUGUUUCUAGAAAUAAGAGCAGUCCUUUGAGCCAGCAUGCAAACUAAGCCCAUAGUCCACCCAAAGAAAUGACACUCCUACAUUAUUUAGAUAACUAGCAAGUAUAAAUGAGCUGUCUACAAAAUGAUCAAAGUAGAAAAGCCAGAAUAUGUGAAAACAGCCUGAAUUGCUAUUCAUGGGACUAGUAACUUCCCUGUUAGCCUGCUGCAUACAUGCAUGAAACUGCUCCUGCUCCUGUACAGUCUCCAGUAGCUUGCUAGUUAUAAAAAUAAAGUAUCUCUGUCAUUUGAGUGAUAUUCAGGGUUGUCUUGGGUGUUUUUUGUUGUCGUUCUUUUAUACCGAUCUGUUUGACCCUUUUACUAAAUGGAAACAAAGAACUAAACAAUUGUAAUAAUUUCUUAAUAACCUUCUUACAUUGUAAAGGGUUGUGGGAGGAUAGCAAAGUGUGUGUGUGUGUGUAUGUGUGUGUGUGUGUGGUAGAUACUCAUUUGUGAGAUAAACUGUUUUUUCUGUAUUCUGCAUGUUGAUUAUAAUAAAGGCAAUUUGGUUUUCUCA